CCCGCCAUGCUCCUGCUCCUGGGAUUGUGCUUGGGGCUGCCCCUCUAUGCGGGGUCUCAGGAAGAGCCUUGGAGCUGGGGUGACACUUCGGAGCAAGUUGGACUCAGGGUCCCCAGGCAACUCAGGCUGUUGCAAAGGCUGAAAACCAAGCCCUUGAUGACAGAAUUCUCGGUGAAGUCCACUAUUAUUUCUCGUUAUGCUUUCACCACAAUUUCCUGCAAAAUGCUGAACAGAGCUUCGGAGGACCAGGAUGUACAGUUCCAGGUGCAGAUUCCAGCCCCAGCGUUCAUCACCAACUUCACCAUGCUCAUUGGAGACAAGGUGUAUCAGGGUGAAAUUACAGAGAGAGAAAAGAAAAAUGGUGAUAGGGUAAAAGAGAAAAGGAAUAAA